AUGGAUAAGACGGAGUAAUAAUAUUCUCAGUUAACUGAUUAAGGAGAAGAAUCUAACAUACUAAUAUGUACUCAAGACCCAAUAACUUUGUAUAAUAAAGUAAUAUAUAUAAUGAAUAACAUAGUUUAUUAAAGUAUAUAAUUUAGAUGAUAAUAAAGUAAAUGGUAUAACAUUAUAAUACAUGAAAUAAAGUAAAGCUGUUCAAUUCAUUCAUAAUUAUUUAAGGAAUAAUUUGGGAAGAGUAGUCUUUUUUUUAAUUCUGAUUUUACUUCCUUUCAUUAAUCUAUUAUUUUAUCUCUUUCUUUUAGUAGCUUGGCUUAAAUUAAAUUAAAAUCAUUAAAUAUUCAAAUCAAAUUUAAGUAUGUAUUUCAAAGAUAUUGAUUAGGUUAGGUAUUGGAUCCCUUUGAAAAUAUGGUUGAAAAUUCAGAACUCUGUGAAAUGAUGAAAAAAAAUUAUGUUGUCUUUGAUAUGGAGAUUAAAGAAAAUGAAGGUUUACAUUUUUCGAAGAAAGUCAAAGAAAUGAUUAAAAAUAGAUCUAAUGGAAACAAUAAAAUUAAAUAUACAAUCUAUAAUUAAAUAUUAAAGGAAUAAUUUUAUGGAUAUCCAAAUUCAAGAAUAACAUGUUUAAAAUGGAUUAUAGUCUCCACUCUGUUGAUAGCAGUUCAAUUAACAUUAAUAAUAAUAUAUUCUUCUAAGAUUUGA